AUGAACGUGUUUAUUUAAACAGGGCAAUCCGCUUCACUCUUUCUUUUCUUUCCAUCCCUUUUUUCUUUUUCUUUCCUUUCUCUCUCUUUCUUUUUUUUUUGUUAUGAAAUUAUCACUUGCUAUUAUAUCCAGUGCAUUAUUAGUAGCAGUGCAUGCUGCCAACAUUCAAUUUAAUGUCAUUGCUCCUAGCGCAACUGAUGUAAAAGUAUCAGUUAAUGGACAACAAGUUGCCUUGAAAGCAUCUAAUCCAAGCGUACCUUAUUUCACUGGUACUGCUGAAACAGGGUCAGCUACUACUUACAAGUACGUCGUAGGUGGAACAGAAGAAAAUUUUGAUCGUUCAUUGAAGGGAAUUACCAACUCAACAUAUAAUGAUUUUAUCAAUCGUCCUGUCACCUACGCAAAUCUUCCUCAAUUACCUUGGCCAAUUGAAAACAAUCCUCAAUGGACUCGUAAAGGACCAAAGCCCGAAAUUUUCGAUGACAAUUAUAUUCCCACCGUAUUCUUCCAAGGUGAUGAUACUCAAGUAACCAAUUUGGUCAAGAAUGUUCCUGCUGACAGAGUAUCGGGUACCUUGACCUUCAUUGGCUCCAACUACGUUCACACUUUCCAAAACGUAUCAUUUGGUAUUCACGGUGCUGGCAAGAAGCACAACAAUGCCAAACAAUCAUGGAACUGGCGAUUGUCUGGAUCAGACUCUAUGGGCAAUCGUAACUUCUUCAAGCUUCGUCAUAUGGAAGAAGACCCCACUCAACUCCGUGAGCGUCUUUACGCUGAUGUCUUGCAUGCCAUGGGUACCUAUGCCAAUGAAGCAACCAUGGUUCGUUUGUUCAUCAACGGACAAGGCUUUGGUACUUUCAACAUGUUGGAUGAUAUCACCGACUUUUCCUUCAUCAAUGCCAUGUUCUACGCUGGUAAGCCUCCAGCCACUCUCGGACCUUUGUUUGAUGGUGCCUCUGGUGCUGAUUUCCAAUACCAUCCUGGCAAUCUCGAUGGUUAUGCCUCUUGGGUUGCCAACAAGAACAACCCCAACGGUGAAGCCUACGAAGCACUUGACCCUCUCUGCAAGGCCUGGAACGAGACCAACUAUGCAGACAACAAUGCCAUUGCCAAUUUUGAAAAGAUGUUUGAUGUCGACCAUUUCCUUCGCUUUAUGGUCAUGGAAUACUUGGCCGGUCACUGGGAUGGCUACUGGAUGGGUCAAACCAACGACGGUGCUUACCGUGAUCCUACCGAUAACAACAAGUGGUACUUUAUCGACCAAGACUUUGAUGGCACCUUUGGUGUCAAUUUGGCUGUUCCCGAAGGCAACAACUUCAUCUCUGUCUCAUACAAAGAAUUCCCCAACCGUUACCCUGCCGCUGUUAUGAUCAACGGCCUCUUGAAGAACCCUGAUAAACAAGCUCUCUUUGAGAAGUACUUGAAGGAUACCGUCAGUGUCUUGUUCAACAAUGUUACCUUGACCAACCGUGUCUUGGCUCUUCACGAUUUCCUCUUACCUGAUCUCCAAUGGGAUCGUUCGAUCGUCCAACAAUCUCCCGGUAUCAACUUUGGCUGGACUUUUGACCAAGUAACUCAAAACUUAUGGCAAGGUGUCUCUGCUCCCAAUGCUAAUGGAGGUGGUGCUGCCUGGGGUUUGGUUGAGUGGAUCGCUGCUCGAUCUCAAGCCAUGGCCAAGGAAUUUAAUAUCUCCAUCACAUCAACACCUGUUGGUCCUCCUACCAACUCUUCUACUACCCACCCAGCCACUAGCAAUAACAACAACACUACUUCAAGCAGUAAGCCUAUUUCUAGCAGCAACUCGUCUACUACCAACAAGGAUGCCUCUGCUCAAAGUGCCUCAAGUGCUACUCGUCCCGCUGUGUCUGUCGCUUUCGUUGCUAUCUCCGCCUUGGCUGCAGCUGUUGUAUUCUAAAUUUACUCUAAUAAUAAUUUGAAAACUUUUUUUUGCUCUUUUGAAAAUAUAUCAACUACCUCACGCGAUCUCGCACAUAUCUCACGCACAAUCACACUACCUCACGCUUACUACUUUAUAUAUCCUUGAUUCUAUUUUUAUAAAAAUAAUGUGUAAUAAUAGUAAACAAUCUAUUUUUUUGUUGUUGUUCUUUUAUUCUCAGGGCGGUGUGUCAAUCUCUUAAUUAUCCUAUCAGGUUUGCAACACAGUUAGAAUCAUUGGCUGCGUUACAGAUGUAAGAACUAUUCUAUACAAAGGGAACAGUUUAACUUUUAUCUCUCUCUCUAUUUUCAUAUUUAUGUGUAAAAACACUAGUACAAGAUCGAUCUCAGUUACUGCAUUGUCUCCUCUCUUUUUU